GGGUCGAUCGAAGCUGCUAGCAUACGAAGGAAGCCUCGAAGCCGAAGCAGGGAUGGCAAAGAUCGAGGAGGAAGAAAGAAAUCAGGAUAGUGCAGACAGUGGCAAAAAAUCGAACGAUUCGGCUGUCGAGAGCCUGGUCCAGCCGAAAGGAGCCGACCAAGACUGCUGGGUCUGCGAGUCUACCUCCAAAGAAACGCUUUGGUGGCAGAGUGAACGAGCGGAAUGCUUAUUGGAUUGGUGAUCACCGGGCCGAGUCGAGUCGAGCCGAAGCGAAGCGAACGAGGCGUUCGUACUUCGGCGUCGCUCUAUAACUGGCUGAUUUCGCCUGGAGCUUAUUUAUUUCGAAUCCGAAACUCGUCGCGGCAGCCACGUGCUACGAUCGCAGCUGUGAGUCAGUCGAUCGCUUUUUCAUCGAUCGCGGUAGACGAUCUACAACAAACUAAAGAAAAAUAAGGAAAAUAAAAGGGAACUCGAGUAUAAAACGUGGAAUAGAUAAAUAUAAGUACACGGAGAGUAUAAAUUCCAUUUUUAUAGCAUUGCUAUUCGUCGUCGUCCGUGCAUCGCUAUCGACUUUCCUUUAGGACACUUUGAGGAAAGCUCCGGUUGUCUCGACCCCUCAACCACCCCCGGUGACGUUGUCGAUCGUUCUCCGGUUGCUGUGAUGAUGUGUGACUUGUGACAAGGAUAUUCAUUCUUUCGCUAAAGACUUUUAGAUUCUCUCGUCUGCGCCGCCGACCGAAUAUCUCCGUUCUGGAAAGAAUAAUAGUAUCGUAGUUCUCUUCACUACCUCACGUGGAGACUCGGCGUUGAUUACAAAUUCAGUCACCGGCAAAAAUAGUCAACGGAUCCGAAGAGGAGGACCUUUCCACGUUUCACGAGGCGAUGCGAUAUUUAUUUUCAUCGAUAAAGCUAGCAGAAGCCUAGGAGGGGAAGAGCAACCGAAAAAGAGUCUACUUUGAUCUAGCGGACUCGCACAGUUUAUCUUGGCCUGACGAGAUUCGACGUCUUCGAGAAUUUGUUGACUUCAGCGCGCCAUCGGAACGAAGAAAGCGUGAAAGAAGUUUCUCGAAGCUCGGUUACCGCCACGACUGGCUGUGUUGAGUUUUCUGUGAGCAUCUCGGGAGGGGAUCUGGGCAAAAGAGGAACCCGAUCGGACGCGUGCACCGUUUACAACGUAGGAGUUAUUCGUAACUAUCGCAUAGGUCGCGGUUCGACAGACAUAUUUUUGCAUAAAUUUUGCUACGUAGCAGCUAAACCUCUGAGCAGUCUAGCUAAUUUUAAACGCGGACACUUGAACGAAUUUCUGGAAUUCGGCAGUUCGACUCAACGCUACGGUGGAGCGAAUCCACAAGGGCGCCCGGAUUGGAAACGUAUCGCUCCGAGAAAAAACAAUUAUUGCGUCGACGAGGAGCCGAAGAAGCGUUUGUUUCGAUUAAAGAGCAUUAACGUCGAGUUAUCGAGCGCACUAUCUCACCUAUCGAACGAUAACGUUGGGACUCUUUGAAUGCAUGCCACCGACGUAGCGAACCGAGUGACGAGAUUGCUUUGCAACGCAGUUUGAGGUGUCGAUCGAAAUACCCGCUUAAAGAGGGAGCAAAGGAGCAAGGAUAAGAAAGAUACGAAGUGCGUCGUUUUUGAAAACAGAAGAAUUUCUGAAAUUCAUAACAACAUCGCCCUAACGUUGAAUAAUCUAGAAGGCUCCGCGUGCUGCGUUAGGACCCCUCGAAUAGGUCCAGGUAAAAAAAAAAAGGGGAGCAGGAUUUAGGGUAAUAGAGGGGAGCUAGGAAUACGAUCAACGUCAGUUUCAAAAGGCGGUAGUUGGACGGAAGACCAAGUCGAGAGAAGAUAGACGGAAACGGAGGAAGUCGAGUACAGAGUUGAAUAGAGAAAGGUCAUGGCAAAGUGCAAGCCUUUGUCAGCUCCUGAGCGACACGCCAGCGUCGUGUUCGACGAUGAAUCGGUGGCCGUUCGAUCGCGAUGGCGAAAUCUUGCCGCCUUUUGGAUACUUGGCCUCUGCAACAAUUAUGGUUACGUGGUGAUGCUCAGCGCUGCCCACGACAUCCUCGAGAGCAAGUUUGGAUCGACGCAUCCUGUCAUGGAUUUGAAUGUCACGACUAAUACGACUGGAGUUCGAUCCUGCAACACGCUCUCUACUGGCGCUAUACUGCUGGCGGACAUUCUGCCUUCCCUGGUGGUGAAGGUCAUUACACCCUUCUUGCCGUUUUACGUACAUGCUCGACUGGCUACCUGUGUGUUAUUUUCCGCUGCAGGAUUCCUCGUGGUGUCGUUAAGCACUACCGAAUGGCUCGCCAUUCUGGGCGUCGUUGUAACGUCACUCUCUUCCGGUUUGGGAGAAGUUACGCUGCUGAGUUACAGCCAUCAGUACCCCAAACAAGUAAUCGCGACAUGGUCUUCUGGUACAGGAGGCGCUGGAAUAAUUGGCGCGCUCUCCUAUGCCGCCCUCACGAUUUGGUUCAGCAAUGAAGACACGUUGUUGCUCAUGUUAGUCGUACCGAUCAUACAAGGAAUCACUUUCUGGUUGGUCUUGGUCCAUCCGACUCAACCCACAAUACCGAUCACUAAGAACGGUAUCGAGAGCCAGGAACAAAUCAUCGAGAAUCCAAGCAAGAGCUUCAAAGAGAAGAUACAUCUGGUCCCGGGCUUGCUGAAGUAUAUGAUUCCUCUGGGACUCGUGUACCUCUUCGAGUAUUUCAUUAAUCAAGGAUUGUACGAGCUGAUCGAAUUCGACGGCAUUUGGUUAUCGCACGCCGAGCAGUACCGAUGGCUCCAAGUGGAUUAUCAGAUUGGAGUAUUCAUUUCAAGAUCGUCCGUCAAUCUUGUCGCGAUUAAUAAAAUCUGGGUCAUGGCUGUUUUGCAGUUUGUUAACGUGAUCGUCUUGUUGUUCGAGACCCUGUACUACUAUAUGCCAAACAUUUGGAUCGUGUUCAUCCUGGUCUUGUGGGAAGGUCUCCUUGGUGGCGGGGCGUACGUCAAUACGUUCUAUCGGAUGUCCACCGAGAUUCCAAGAGCAGAUCGCAAAAUUUCUUUGGGGAUUGCCACGAUGGCCGAUUCCAUCGGGAUCGCGAUCGCAGGAUGGAUGUCGAUGCCCGUUCACAAUGCGAUUUGCAAAAUGCCACAACCGAGUCGACUGGGUAGUUAGGUAACCACUAAUCAUUAGAUAGUAUCUAACGACAAUCGCGCGACCAAGCAUGGCUUCCGCAGCGUGGUGAAACCGUGCGAUAUUUAACACCGAAUUUUCCUCGAUACGUCUUGGUGGACGCGGUCGCGCCGAUAACCGGACAUAAGCUAACAAUCGUUUGUGCAUCCUAAAUAGUUUAGAUGCUGCAAUCACAGCUGUACGCGUUAAUCUGCUGGAUGCCACAUUAACUUCUAUAUUUAUGUCAGACGGCAGAGAGAGAGUAUGCGAUUAUUGUCGGGAAAUCAGAAAACGAAGGAUGUAAGAAGGAUGUUAGAGAUGAUGAAUUUCUCGUUUGGAAGGUUUGAUCCUUCACUUGAAACGGAAUUGCGAAAUAAGGAGAACAAUUACAAAUGCAGUUCACCGAUGUUCUUGCGAAUAAAAUGCAACUGGCUAGACCAGGCAUUCUGAGCGCACGUGCUGGCGCGUGCACGCAUGUGUGUUCGCAAGUUUAAAUUCAAUCGAUUCGCAGUUCGGUUCGUAGUGGAAUUUAUAGACACCAGUAUUUAUAUUUAAACUCGCGUUAGUAGGUGUUUCCAAUGAAAUGUGUAUCUUUUUCGUUAGGAGAGACAAACGUUUCUUUUUCUUUACAUGUCUUUUUUUUUGGAUAGAUGAAAUCUUUCGUUGAAGAAUGAUUCUCAUCGAGCAUUUCCGUACCCGAAACGUCGAACACAUUCCUCGUCGAAAUAUCACUCGAGCACGUAACAGUAUUACAAUUACAGGCAGUGAUAAAGCACAAUGGAAAGCCUCGAGGUUUUAACAAUAUAAUUUGCCGCUAUUUGAACGCGUAUCGUGUAUUGUGAUAUACUGAUAAUAAUGUUCUUUGCGUGUAUUCUGCGCGCGUGAGUAUGUAUGCGAGUUUGCGUGUGUAUUUAUAUAUAUAUACGAGACUUUGUCGGAAGUUGUGGAAUUGAAACUGUUCCUAACGCGUUCGAGAAUAGAAGUUACGGGAUACGAUUCUACCCAGAAAGGGUGCGAACAGGCAAUUGCGCCCCCUGCUGCAAAUAAAUAUUAAAGAAAUAAUAUAUGUAGCAAUAUAUAUUUGUUUAUGUGAUCAAUAAAAUAUACUGAAAGUUUGAAAAGAA